AUGUCUGAAAAUAAGCAACUUCGUAUGGUCAUCAUGGGCCCUCCUGGCGCUGGUAAGGGUACUCAAGCUCCUGCCAUUCAAAAAAAAUUCAAUGUCGCCCAUUUGGCUACUGGCGACAUGCUCAGAGCUGCUGUUGCCGCCAAAACCUCAUAUGGUGUUGAAGCCAAGAAACUCAUGGAUGCUGGCGCUCUUGUACCUGAUGAGAUUGUUGUCGGUUUGAUUGAAGAAAACUUGAACAACAACCCUCAAUGCGCUAAUGGCUUUAUCCUUGAUGGCUUCCCUCGUAACGUUGCUCAAGCCGAGAAGCUGGAUACUAUGCUUAAGGCCAUGAACAAGCCCUUGAACAAUGUCAUUGAGUUGGUCGUUGAUGACAAUCUUCUCGUUGAUCGUAUCUGUGGCCGUCUUGUCCAUCCUGCCUCUGGUAGAUCUUAUCAUAAAGUCUUCAACCCUCCCAAGGUGUCCAUGACUGACGAUGUUACUGGUGAACCUCUCAUUCAACGUUCUGAUGACAAUGAGGAUACGCUCAAGAACCGUCUUCAAGCUUUCCACGAUCAAACUGCUCCUGUUGCCAAGUACUACAAGAAGCAAGGCAUCUGGUAUGGUGUUGACGCCGCUCAAACUCCUGAGGCUGUUUGGGAUUCUAUCAAUGCCAUCUUUGACAAGACCCUUUGUUAA